UACUGAGUGAGCUGUGAUUGGUCACAGCUUGUCACAUGGUACAAGGCUGUUGUGAAUAGCCUUGUACCAUGUGACCUCUGUGAUCAUUCACAGAUUUCACACGUAGUAAGCAAUGAUGUCACAAGUGAUAUCUUGCUUACUACUUUGCAUCUGAUCACUGAUUGGCCAAUCAGUGAUCACAUGAUCGGGACUUCGUACAGAGGUCCUCGUACAGAGGUCCCGUCCGACGAUCGGUGUUUCACUGUGUCCGGGGAGCACGCACAAGCAGGGUGCAGGGAGGCCGUGUAUAAACGGCCACCCAAGCCUGCAGUGCCACCGUCCGGCCGUUUAUAUACAACGGCCGGUCCGGAAGUGGGGGUAAAAGUGUCCGGGCAGGAAGUGGUU